UUCCCUGAUCUGCAGCGAUUUCCUAUGAACACCGUCACGCGCUCUCUACCCACGCACAGCAACAGCAUCAUCACGGUGCGGACCUCACGCAUCCGUGUUGUUCACCGAGAUCAAUCCAUCUUCCCCAAGCGCGCUCCCCGCAUAUUUUGGGUAAGGUAGCAGGUGUAUGGCUGGAUUAGAAAAGAGGACCGAGCUUAUUCUUUACACUCAACUAGUUCUCUAUUUUUAUUUGUUUAUUUAAUUAUUUGGUUCAUUUGGUAAUAAUUCUUUCGGGUUUUGGAUCCGAUCUGCGAGGUUCGGGCCCGGUAAUCGCAUCUGCAGUGUGGAAAGAGACAGGGAGAGGCGCGCGCACACACACACACACACACACACACACACACACACACACACACACACACACACACACACACACACACACACACACACACACACACACACACAGCGACGCUUGGUGUGUAUUUGCCUCCGUCCCCGCCGUCUGUGGAUGGGCCGCGCGCCUCCGCAGUCACCGCUCCGACGCGUUUAGUGGAUGAAGAUGGCGGACAGAGCCGAGAUGUUCUCCCUCUCCACCUUCCACUCCCUCUCUCCUCCGGGCUGCAGGGCAGCACAUGACAUCAGUCUGGAGGAGUUUGAUGAUGAAGAUCUGUCUGAGAUUACAGAUGACUGUGGCAUUGGUCUCAACUAUGACUCUGAUCCUUAUGAAAAGGACUCCCUCAUCCUGGAGAAGAGUGAUGUCCACCAUACUAUCUGCUCAUUCCAAGACGACUUCCAGGAGUUUGAGAUGAUUGACGAUGAAGAUGAGGAAGACGAGGACGGGGAGGUAGAUCCUGAUGCUCCACCCUCUCCUUCUACAUCUCCUCCUCCUUCCCCUACUUUGGGUUCACUUAAGAGUCGCCCCACAACCUUAAACCUGACCACUGCAGUUUCACAGGAUUCCUUGAACAACAACAGUAGUGUAUCUCCACGAAAAUCAAGCUGGCAGGAAUCUCUUCGCAACUCACAGGGUCGUGUGUCUCCAAGCCACACUUGCCUUGACGAUGGUUCCCACGUUACCGGCACAUGCAAAGGGGCUCCUGACAUCACUGUCUCUGCCAAAGGUACUCCCCCAAACCCACUUGGCCACUGUGGUCUCAAUCAGUCACCUGGCAGGCCGCUGCUGUACGACUUUGAAGGCAACAGACGAGAGCGUCUUGAAUACGGUUCCUUUGGUCAGCACAACUCCUCAAGAGGUUCUGAAGUCACUGAGGUAAACCUUCCUGCUAAAGAACAUCUUGAGGAACGUGUCCCCUCAGUUGAAGAUUGCUCUUCUCAGUGCUCUGAUACAGAAGUUGACCAUGACCUCAAUGGCCAUACCAAACGCAGACAAUGUCGUCCUCGACCUGAUGACACAUAUACUAUUACUACGGAGACUGCUGAUGACCCAGAGCUGGAGAACGACCUUACGAUGGAUGGCACCAGCAAGUGCCUAUCCUCGACAGCACCACUAGGGAAUGAUGCAGAGACCCCACUGUCAGAUGAGGAGUUAGAUAAGGAAUUUGAGAUUGAUUUCAGGAGCCAGGAGGCCUUUGAUCUAACUUGUCAGGAGGAAGAUGGCUCAUCCUAUGUAGAGUUUCCCUGCAUUGAACCCACAUAUCCAUAUUCUCUCUCUGCCCCUGCAUUGUCCAAUCAGUCUGAACCCAGAGAUGAGUCUGGUCACAUGCCUCAGAAUCAACCUGCUGCUGCAUCAAAUGACACAACAUCUCCUUCCUCUGAUCCUGGUAUUGCUGACAUGAAUGCCAAGCGCUAUGCAGAGUCAGGCCACCACACGGAUGACCUUAGUUCCCCUGGAUCUGACUCUGAUCUUGAGGGUGAUUUGGAGGCAGAGUUUGCCUGCGGUGGUCCAUUGGUUAGUAACAUGAUUUCAUCCAUCUCUGAGACAGAGCUGGACCUGACUAGUGAGUCCAGCAGUGGAAGGUCCUCACAUCUCACAAACUCCAUUGAGGAGGCCAGCUCCCCAACAUCUGACCCUGAACUUGACCAUGAGCUUGAUGUUGAGCAAGACAGUGGCAUUGUGGGUCUGAAGACAUCUCUUCUUUUAGGCCAACCUGAACCCAUAAAACAUGACCUUUCACCAUAUUUAAAGCACAGUCCGGAUAUUCAUCCUUUGGAUGAUGUUCAGGCCCUGAUUGGUCUACAGAACGUGGAUGAUGAGCAAGGGUUUGAGCAUCAGGCAGAUCCAGACGAGACCCUUCCUCCUGCUGUGCCCAGUGAUGACAGGGCAGCUCAGCAACUUCUGCUGAAGAUUGAACCAGAUCAUAGCCUGGAAAGCUUUAAACGGUCUUUCUACCUUCCUGUUGAGCCUAGACUCAUGCCCUCAGUGGAUGACUAUGAUGGCACCACUGAAGGAGACUCUGAGUCAGAAUCGGAGGAUGACCUUAGUGAGAACUCAGACUCACCCUGGCUUCUUAGUAACCUGGUAAACAAGAUGAUUUCAGAAGGAUCAUUUCCAAUUAGCUGUCCAGAGGAUUGCCUCAGGCGCUCUGCUUCCAUUUCUGACACACUCUCACCCUCAUCUGAUCUGGAGACAGAAGCCUACAACGAAGACGAAGAAUACAGGACACAGAUAUCAAAAUGUGAAGGAGACUCCCAGGAACAGCCUUUGAUGAACUCAGAUAUGAGGACAAAUGGAGAACAAGAUGACAGAAGAGACAGUUGUGGAUCAGGAGAAGAGCAAAUAAGCAAGACUGUCAGCUCUUGUUUAUACAUGAGCAAUCCUACAAAUGACACAGUUGUUCCUGUUUGCUUAGAGAGAUACCACUCCAACACAAAUCAGGACUUUACUUCCCAGAGAUCAUUGAAAAAUCAACAAAAUAUAGAGGAGGAGGAGCCAAAUAAUGACUUAAUGAUGGACAGGAUGAAGGAUCUCGACUCCCCCAGCCUAAGUGAGAGCAUCCUCAGUGACAAGGAUGAGGGGCGAGAGACAAGAAGGGAUCCACUUUCUCUGGAAAAAAUGACAGAGGUCAAAAACAGUCUGACGCUUGACAUCCCUACAGCACAGACUAAUCGUUGCUUCAGCCUAACAUACUCCACAGAUAAUGAUGAAGAUGAGCAGGAUGUGUCCCCAUUCCUGGAGGCUAUUCACAACCCACCCUCACCCUAUGGAGAUGAUACUUACCUGGACAGUUCUCCACCUAUUGAUGAGAGUGUCCGGGAGUUGCGAAAUACCUUUGAUCCAGCUGGUGUUAGACCUGUGGAUGAUUCCCUGGCAUAUGACUCAGUAAAAUACACUCUAGUUGUGGAUGAAAAUACUACUCUGGAGCUUGUGAGUCUGAAACGAUGCACGUCUGUUCUCAGUGAUGACAGUGAUGGUCUCUCCACUGUUUGUGAUGAAGAGGUAGCUGAUGAGGAUGAAGAUAUCUAUGAUGAGAGCCAGACCAUGGGAGGAAUGCGCCCUGAUCUACUGUUGAGCUCCUCCUCAGAAGAAGACUCUUCACCGGAGGCAGACCUACCGUUCUCUAAGAAAUUCCUUAAUGUAUUUGUCAAUGGCACAUCACGAUCCUCCAGUACAGAAUCAUUUGGGUUGUUUUCUUGCACUAUAAAUGGAGAGGAGAAAGACCAGACUCACAGAGCAGUGUUCAGAUUUAUCCCACGUCAUGCGGAUGAACUAGAACUGGAUGUCGAUGACCCGCUUUUUGUUGAAGAAGAGGAGGAUGAUUACUGGUACCGUGGUUACAACAUGCGCACAGGGGCUCGGGGGAUCUUCCCCGCUUAUUAUGCUCAUGAAGUCAUCAGCCAAACCAAAGACAUGAUGGCACUGAAGAGAAACCCAGCAUGGAUGGAGAGUUUCACUGUGCAGUUUUUGGGUUCUGUUGAAGUGCCUUACCACCAAGGCAAUGGCAUCCUCUGUGCUGCCAUGCAGAAGAUUGCCAUGGCGAGGAAGAGGACAGUGCAUCUCCGUCCUCCAUCUUUGUGCGAGCUGGAGAUUAGCCUACAGGGAGUGAAGUUGAUCAUGAGUCUGGAGGAAGAGUAUGACCUCUCUGAAGAGUUUGACAGAUGCAGUCACUUCUUCCAGAUGAAGAACAUCUCUUUCUGUGGAUGCCACCCAAAAAACAACUGUUACUUUGGCUUCAUUACCAAGCACCCAGUCCUGGACAGGUUUGCGUGCCAUGUCUUUGUCUCUCAGGAGUCCAUGCGGCCUGUGGCCGAGUGUGUGGGACGUGCGUUUCAGGAGUAUUAUCAAGAGCAUCUUGAGUACGCUUGUCCCACUGAGGAUAUCUACCUGGAGUAGAUGAGACCAAAUAAAAAAGGUUACCAUGGUAACCUCUGCCCAACAACAGAAACGUGUUCCUGGUUUUGGCCGCUUGGGGGCUCCUGGUGGCCUUUGAAGGGUUUAACGUAAGCCUUGAGUUUUGAGUUUCUCAGUGUUUUCACAUGAACUUACCUGAACAUGUAGGUUCAAUCUUAGAGAUCCAUCCAUUUGUUUUACUAUUGGUUUGUUUCCUAUUUUAUUUAUUCUCAUCCUUGAAACAGUUUGCCUGUUUAAAUUUUAUAUGACUUAGUACCUAGGACUGUGGCUGAGUUGGGAUACUUUUACUUUCUCUUGGUUCAGAAACGAAAAAAACUACAACUUCACACAUUUUAAUGCAUGGCUUCCAGGGUUAUGCUCACAGGCAGUUAUACACACAGGAAACUUAUAUUUGAAAUUCAUUUAGACGGAUGGGUUUCGUUUGUAAAUAUGUACUCGUUUGAUUAUUCCAAAAUAUGCUGGACGAGGUUUGUACUGAAAUGAACAUCUGGACAGGUGUUGGAUUAGUAAUAUAAUGACUAUCUGCUCGCUGUAGUAGAAGGUUCCUUGUGCGUUCUUAUUACACCAUCAUGUAAAUACUGUAUAUUUAGAAAACAGUAGGUGACUACUACAGACGUUUGUUACAUCAUUGUAUGUAAGUAGCACCUUCAUCAGCAAAUGGAAGAAUGAAGAGGAUUGCAGAUGGCCAGGAAGGCAAGUUUGUUAGCCUGAGAAUGGAGAGCCAGGUAGCAUUGGCCGUGCACGGUCCUGUAAAUGAUUAACCUCUUUCUAAAUUACUAAAGCUCUUCUAUAGCUUCUUAUUCCCGAUGACUCUUUCUCAUGACUCUUUGUUUGCCAUCUUGUGUAAUUCUCAGACAGUGCUUUAGUGCUUUAUGAUCCCGAGUCUAUUUAGUCACUCUUCGUUCAUUGAAGGCUAACCGUUAAUGUAUGGCACGCCACCGGCACGCUGCAGUCAUCAGCCAAAUUACUUGCAAAUGUCAUAUUUACCAAAUUACUUAGGAAAAGGCCUAAUUAAAAUUUCGUUAGCUCUAAAUAAAGAAAUUAAAGAUUAACCAACAAAUAAACUGUAACAUGAAAAUCAUUUCAGUAAAACAUGCAUUAUUUUUUUAUUAUUAUAAUUUUUUUAGCAGAGUAAUAAUAGCAUUAGUAUUUAAUAUGACCGAUGUAUCAUUUUUAAAAUAAUUUUCACAACCGUAUACAUUUGUUUCCUGCUUGGUAGAAGAACAUGACGUAAAAUGAUUAUAUAGUGUCAGCCAAAUGUUUUUGAGCACUACACAUUUUAUUUUUGAGUUGAGUUGAAAUACUAAAAAUUUUUAAUUGAAAAAUUGUAAUUUUCUUUUUCAUUGGAAACAGAGAUACAGAGAUUUGUCAUUUGUCCCAGUCAACAGCUAUUUUUACAGUUACAAUUUACAGACAUUCUCGAGCACUUUUAUUCAUUUACUUGUAUAAAUUUAUUUACUCUGACUUUAAUAAAGCACUGAUUUAAUCUCCUUUAAGGAUCUGAGGGUGACUAAUUAAUAAGUGCUUGCAUACAUUUAGCUGUAGUGCUCAAAAUGAUUUGUCUGCCAUGUAUAUGACAUAAGCAAAAUAUGACCUACAGUACUAAACGGAAAUAGAGUUUCUACUUUCUCCUUUACCCUCCGUCACUCUCACACCUAACGGACCCAGUGAACUGAAUAGGUUGGGUUUAUUUUCUCCGUUGUAUUUAAUUCUAGUUCUUUCCCUAAGCUUCAGUGCUUCAUGGAUAGACUGCACACAGUAGACGACCCCCUCCUGGUCUUGUAUUGAUUCUGUCCUGUUUGAAUGGAAUUAAAUUUUAUAAAAAGCUGAAAUAGUAAAAACACUGAAAUAGUAACAGAAGGGUAAAGGGUUAGAUAUUGUACACCUGAUUUCCACUCUAAACUUUAAUUCUGCUCCAGGAUUUUUCUGUUAUAACCUUCUACAUUGAGAUCUUUCCAUCAAUGUAUGGACAGCUUGAAACUACAUACUGUAUAGAAUCAAUGGUGAUUAAAAUUACAAAUGCGCCUACAAUUAGAUAAAAAAAAAUUUGCUUCUCGUAUGCUGACACUUACGAAUAUCAUAUUCUUGUAACAAAGGACUGGAUUCUUGGCUCCUGCAGGCUGGUUUCAUCAUCCCCGGUGUCAGUAGCAAUAUCAUAGCAAUGUAACCUUUAGACUGGUUCUAAUUGCAGCUGUAGAUGAACUCAGUGAGGCUACACACCGCCUGCACACUGCAUCACACACACACACGACUGUAUACCAGCGGCCUGCAAUCGGAUUACAUCGCUACUUGUCUGUUUGUGCUGAUGCCACAUUGUAGGAACGAGCUGCGGUCUUAAGACUAUAAAUGUGAUUUGGUGUCAGUUAGAUUGCUGUAAAUAUUCUAGUUGAGAUGACCAUGCUGUGUCCUUUCUAUUGAGUGUUACUGAAAUAAAUAUGUAAAUUUUAAAUAAACAAUAAUGCUGACAAUGAUAACCUGUCACAACUGAAAAGGGGUUCAAAACUGUAAAUUGAUUUCCGUUAGCAUUUUGUUUCAGCUGCUUCACAUUGCUGUAUAGCUGUGGUCCAAUGUUGUCACAUCGUGCUGAAUAACAGAUGCCUGUCAAUCAGCUGUGUUUGUCUUUCUUACAAAUGCCCACGUUUUUAUGCUAGCGUUAGCAUUAUCAGUACAAUCGUUGGGUCUGACUUCUCACUGAGGUUAGCACAGACAGAUCAGGACACUUAUCAGGACUCUGAAUUUCUGAUUGUUUUUCAAUUUUCGGAUUUCUCCGAAUGUUUUGUCUACAUUUGAGCAUUUUACAAUCAUUGAUUGGUCAUUAAACCCCUUUAUGUAUCGAAGCAGAGCAACGUUUGGAGUAUGUAAGCUUGGAUAGCUGAAUGACUACAAUAACUGCAAAUCUCUGGACUGUAAUUACAUAAUGCAGGCCUUUACUGUAUAUCAAGAUCAACAGCAACAGUAUGACCUACUAGCUAUCUUGUAUCUUUAAAAAUCAAACUUGUAAAAACCAAAAUGGAAAAAACUUCCCUGCCUUGUCAUGGAUUUGGUCUUAAGAAUAAAACACUAUAUGCUUGAUGUCAUCACCGUG